CAUAUACAUAAAUUGUAUAAACAAAAAUAUAUUACGUCUAUAUUUUCACACAUAAUAACAUUAUGCACUGGGUGAGAUUUCUCUAAGUGUAUUUAAUCAAGAUUUUAAUUACAAAGAAGUCUUUAAACCCAUGGGAGCCUCGCACUGUCAGUCCCAGCAGCCCCGCCCCCCCGCCGCCUCCUCCCCCGCGCCUCCUCCCCCCCGCCCCCCGGCCCCGCCGUCCCCGCCGUCCCCGCCCCUCUUCUCCGGCCCCGCCUUCUCCUGGCGGGCCCCGCUGCGCCCCGCCCCUUCUCUCCUCCCGCCGUGGGGGUGUCUGGGAAGAGGCGGAGAACAAUAUGGCGGAUGGCGAGGAGCCGGAGAAGAAAAGAAGGCGAAUAGAGGAGCUGCUGGCUGAGAAAAUGGCUGUUGAUGGUGGGUGUGGGGACACUGGAGACUGGGAAGGUCGCUGGAACCAUGUAAAGAAGUUCCUCGAGCGAUCUGGACCCUUCACACACCCUGAUUUCGAACCGAGCACUGAAUCUCUCCAGUUUUUGUUAGACACGUGUAAAGUCCUAGUCAUUGGAGCUGGCGGCUUAGGAUGUGAGCUCCUGAAAAAUCUGGCCUUGUCUGGUUUUAGACAGAUUCAUGUUAUAGACAUGGACACUAUAGAUGUUUCCAAUCUAAAUAGGCAAUUUUUAUUUAGGCCCAAAGAUGUUGGAAGACCUAAGGCUGAAGUUGCUGCAGAAUUUCUAAAUGACAGAGUUCCUAAUUGCAAUGUAGUUCCACAUUUCAACAAGAUUCAGGAUUUUAACGACACUUUCUAUCGACAAUUUCAUAUAAUUGUGUGUGGACUGGACUCUAUCAUAGCCAGAAGAUGGAUAAAUGGCAUGCUGAUAUCUCUUCUAAAUUAUGAAGAUGGUGUAUUAGAUCCAAGCUCCAUUGUCCCUUUGAUAGAUGGGGGGACAGAAGGUUUUAAAGGAAAUGCCCGUGUGAUUCUUCCUGGAAUGACUGCUUGUAUUGAAUGCACACUAGAACUAUACCCACCACAGGUUAAUUUUCCCAUGUGCACCAUUGCAUCUAUGCCCAGGCUACCAGAACACUGUAUUGAGUAUGUAAGGAUAUUGCAGUGGCCUAAGGAGCAGCCUUUUGGAGAAGGGGUUCCAUUAGAUGGCGAUGAUCCUGAUCAUAUUCAGUGGAUUUUCCAAAAAUCCCUGGAGAGAGCAUCACAAUAUAAUAUUAGGGGUGUUACGUAUAGACUCACUCAGGGGGUAGUAAAACGAAUCAUUCCUGCAGUAGCUUCCACAAAUGCAGUCAUUGCAGCUGUGUGUGCCACUGAGGUUUUUAAAAUAGCCACAAGUGCAUAUAUUCCCCUUAAUAAUUACUUGGUAUUCAAUGAUGUAGAUGGACUGUACACGUACACAUUUGAAGCAGAGAGAAAGGAAAACUGCCCAGCUUGUAGCCAGCUUCCUCAAAACAUUCAGUUUUCUCCAUCUGCUAAACUGCAGGAGGUUUUGGAUUAUCUAACCAAUAGUGCUUCUCUGCAGAUGAAAUCUCCAGCUAUCACAGCCACGUUAGAGGGUAAAAAUAGAACACUUUACUUACAGUCAGUAACCUCUAUUGAAGAACGAACAAGGCCAAAUCUCUCCAAGACAUUGAAAGAAUUGGGACUCGUUGAUGGGCAAGAACUGGCAGUUGCUGAUGUCACCACACCACAGACUGUACUAUUCAAACUUCAUUAUACUUCUUAAGGAAAAGAAAUCCGCACAUAAUAGAAAACUCAUGAAAAUAUUAUACUUCAUGGAUGCUAAGAAAUUUAUUUGAUGUCAUUUUUAGCAUGUGUUGCUGGAAUUUGACUUUUUUUUAUAUAAUGAGCCACUCUUUUUUAACUUUAUAACUUUCCCUUGAAGACAGAAUUUUGGGGUUGGUGCUUGUCAGCAUUUUCAUUAGUAAUAUGGAAAAUGGUUCCUGGAGAGAGAUUAUGAGCGAAUGUAUUGCUUCUUUUAGAGGAAGCGGCAAACAGCCUCUUGUAUAUGAAUUUUAUUAUGGUCAAAGAAUGCAUUCUUCAGUUUUCAUUUGAGCACCCACAUAUACAAAAGAUAUCCCUUUAAAAAAAUAAGGAAAUUAAGUUUUAAAUAACAGUAAAUGCUACAACCUGACAUGUAGAGCAUAUUGAACAUAGCCUACUUCUUGCUUGAUUUAAUAUUCACUUAAUUGUGGCUGUUCAAAUGAAUAUUAUUGCAAAAGUUACCUUGUCCAUAAUAAUUUGUAAAUGGUGUUAUAGCUGAAUACCAGUGCAUGGAAAUGGGAAGUAUUUUCAUGUGUUUACUUGCAGUGCCAUAGAGGCCAAUAUGCACAACAUUAAAGCCAAGACAUGGAUGUUUAAAAGAAUUUAAUGUUUAAACAGUUAUCACUGAUGCUUUCACACUAUUUAUUAAUAAAAUCAUAUAUUGUCUACUUUUCUC